UGUUAAGAAAGUGUAAGAAAUUGUUAAGAAUUGUUAAGAAAUCAAUGUCAACAGAGCAGAGAAAUCAAGCAACAUUACAUGUGGUUGGAUUAGGACCAGAAGUAACAGAAAAUAUGUUACAUGAAAUGUUUAUUCCAUUUGGAGAGAUAGUAGGAGUUGAACUUCCUAGAGAUGAAACUACAGAAGAGCCACAUCAAGGAUUUGGUUAUGUAGAAUUUGAACAUGUGGAAGAUGCACGAGAAGCAAUAGAUAAUAUGGAUCAAUCGGAGGUUUGGGGACGUAUUUUACAUGUAACAACAGCAAAAGCGGAAAGAAAGAUAUUAGAAGGACUUGGAUCUAAAAUUCCAGUUUGGGAACAAGAGGCAUGGAUUCAGCAAUAUCAAAUUAAUAAAGAGGAUCGAAAAGUGGUAGAGGAAAAAAAAGAACUUAUACAGUCGACAUUUGUGCCAGUAGGACCACGUCCUUUAUAGAAAAGUAUUAUUUAUAUAUUAUAAUAAUUAAAAAAGGAAUAUUAA